UCUGCCUAGGAAUGGAGCCGACAGCAUCAAGGAGAGGUCAGGAAGGAGUAAUCCCAAUUCGCCCCGGUUUUUCCCCUCCUGGCUUCCUCCUCCUCAUCCAAUCCGUCACGCUGCCCGCACUAGAUUUCGUGCUUCCGCCGCCCCGGCUUCUCUAUCCACCAAAAUCGGACGGCCAACUCCACCGGGAAGAGGCUUCUCCAUGGGCGAAGACAUAGACGCAGGGCGGGAGUUGCUGCCGACGGUCGCGAUGUUGGCCAUCGGCAAAAGAGCGGAGCUGCAGCGCUGGAGGAUGCGAUGUGCUCGCUCCGAUUCUUCAAGGAAUACAUCGGCCAGCAGCACAAAUUUUUGGGCUCCUCCAACCCAUCCAGCACCGCACCGUCCAGCCUUCCUCCGUGUCAUCUUUCUUAGGAGACGAGAGUGGAGCAGACACAGAUCUGAGGCCAGAUGCGCGUCAUGUGACUCUGACAACCCACAUCUCAGCAACAAUUGCUUUUCUUCGGCUUGCAGGGUGUUGGCUACUUGGGUUAGGUGCUCCGUUACAGGGGACUUUAUCAAUUGCAGCACAGAGCUUCUAAGCCUUAUUCACCAUCUUUUUUCAACUGGAUUGAGGGAUCCCGUGCCACCUAUCGUCACCAUGCUCCUCUGCAUCCACCAUGUCCCUCGUCAUGUGUGGUAGCCAGAAGGCCCGCUUUACCGGAAACGAGACAGACACAGAGGCAAAGUCGUAUGCGCCAUCGUCGCCCAAGUCG